AUGAGGAUAAGUGAAUCAAAAAGUAUGGGAACAAAAUAUUAUCAAGAAAAUCAAUUAAAAAAAAAAUCUAAAAAAAAGAAGAAAAAAAAGAUAGAUAAUAAUAAACAUAUUUUAAAUAAUGAAAAAGAUUAUAAAAAUAGUAGAAUAAUAAAUAAUGCUAAUAAAAUUGAAGAGAUAAAUGUAAAUAAAAAUGAUACAUGUGAUAAUAUAAUACAUAAGGAAGACAAUGACUUAAAUAAAGAUUUAUUAGAAAAUAAUAAAUAUAAUUUGAAAAAUAUUCUUUUGAAUAAAGACAAGAGUGAUAAUUCAUCUGUAAAUAAAUUAUCAAACAAUGAAGAAAAAAAAUAUCAUUCGAAUGAUAAUCAUUCCAAUGAUAAUCAUUGUAAGGAAUAUAUUUGUGAUGAAUGUAAUGACAUUGAAUCAUUAAAUUAUGAAGAAGAAAGGCAUUUUUGCAAUGUAUGUUUUUCUUUUUUAUAUUAUAAAAAAUAUUGUUUUUAUGAGUUAUUAAGAAUAUAUAAGAGCUUUUGUUUUUUAAGUGAUGAAGAAAAAAGUUUGUUAACUGAAUCAAUAUAUUGUAAAUUAUAUAAAAUGUAUUUAUCUGUUUUGAAUAACUAUUUUUUUAUACUAAAUAUAUUACUACCUCAAAUAUCAACAAAUAUUAUAAUCCAUUUAUUAGCUUUUACAUUCCAUAAGGAUGACAAUGAUACAACGGAGGAAUAUAUUGUGAAUGAAAUUAUUGAUAAUUUGACAGUUGAAGAAAAAGAAAAGGUUGAUAAAAUUUAUAACUAUCAUAAUUUUGAUGCAAGACUUUUAUGUAAAGAUGAUGCAAUAAUCAUAUUAAAUGAAAUCAAAUCUAAAUUGCCAUAUAAUGAAAAUGAUAAACAUAUAUUUGAAAUGCUUGAUUUAAAAAAUGAAAAAAGUAUUUCAGAUAAUAGUGAAGGUGAUAAUCAUUUGAAUGGACAACAUUUAACUGAAAAUAAAAAUGAUAACAAUAAUAAUUAUUUAUGCAAUGAAAAUAAUAAAAACAUAAAUGAUAAAAAACAAAAUUAUAGAUAUGAAGAAAAAAGACUUGAUUUAAAUGAGAAGCAUAACAACACCAUGCAAAAUGAUUGUAAUGAUAAUUUAAAAAAAAGAAUUAAUAAUGAUGAAAAAAAAGAAAAUGAUAUUUUAAAUGACAAAAAAAAUUCUAAUUUAUGUAAUAAAAAAAAUAAUGUUAGCAUUUAUAACGAAGAUAAAGAAUUCACAAUAAAAGAUGAGUUGAGUGAUUGCACUCAUAUUAAUUUAAAAAAUGAAAAUAAAAAAAGUAAAAAUGACAUGAACUCUAUUGAACUAAAUAAUGAAUUAUAUGAACCUAAAACUUCAAAUAUAUCCAAUGUGUCCAAUGUAAAUACAGAUGAAAUGCUUAAUGAAAUUUCUAACAAAAAUAUCAACGAAAUAUCUAAUGAAGUAAAUGAUCAUUUGAAAAUAAAUGAAAAACAAAAUAUGAAUAUAUCAGUAAGUGAAGAUUAUUCUAAAUAUGAGCACAUUCCACCAGGUCUAAGAAUAACAAAUACCUAUACUCCUUCAUUAGAUGAUUAUAGCUUAAUACAAAAUAUGAGCAAAGUGAGAAGUACAUUGAGACAAUUUGUUCGUGAUUGGUCAUAUGAAGGAAAAAAUGAAAGAGAAAAUGCAUAUGAUCCUAUCCUAAGGAGUUUAGAUAAAUAUUUACCUAUAACAGAUAAUUAUGUUCCUAAAAUUUUAUGUCCAGGAUCAGGGUUAGGUAGAUUACCAUAUGAAGUAGCAAAAAAAGGAUAUAGAAGUCAAGGUAAUGAAUUUUCUUACUUUAUGCUAUUAGCAUCUAACUAUAUUUUAAAUUAUUAUAAUGAAAAAAACUCUUUAAAUAUUCAACCAUAUUGUUUAAGUACAUCAAACAGAAAAAAUAGAGAUGAUCAUUUGAAAAUUAUACAAUUACCAGAUGUAAAUACUUAUAAUAAAGUCGUACUAAAUACUGAAUUUUCAAUGUGUGCAGGUGAAUUAAUUGAAGUGUAUUAUAAUGAAAAAGAGCAAUUUGAUGGUGUUUUGACAUGUUUUUUUUUAGAUACAGCUAAAAAUGUUUUUAUGUACAUUCGAACCUUUGCCAAUAUUUUAAAACCUAAUUCUUUAUGGUCAAAUAUUGGCCCUCUUUUAUAUCACUAUGCUGAAAUGCCAAAUGAAAUGUCUAUAGAAUUAUCAUGGGAUGAAAUUAAGUUGAUUAUUUCCAAAUGGUUUUCUUUUUUAGAAAUAAAAUGGAUAGAUAAUUACUAUACAACUAAUUUUGAUUCAAUGAUGCAAGUGCAAUAUCAUUGCAUUUUUUUUAGUGCUUUGAGAAAUAAUGUACCUGUGGAUGAUUGA